UUAAGGGAGCCAGCCGCCAGCCAUGCUCUCGCUCGAAAGAGAGCGCCAGCUAGUUCAGCCGUCGGCCAAGGGGGAGAGGAAGGAGCGGCUGAGCGGGCCAGGGAGGUCCUGCGCACCGAGGGCGCGCGUCGAGGCUGUUGAAAAAAACUUAUGCCUAGCUGCUGUGACGUAGAAAUGAUCUCCUCUUUGCCAUUGCCUGAUGGAGAUGAUGCAGUGGAACUUUGCAUCUUAACCUCUGCAGACCUUGAGCUGAAAGAUCAUGUUCCUUUCCCACCCAAAAGUCAUCCCAGGACCAAAGUAGACAGCAGUGCCAAAAAGAAAUACGCCUCUGCAAAGAAGAAGGCAUUUGCGCUCUUUGUGAAAGCCAAGGAAGUGGAAGUGGACAUGUAUGCUUGCCAAAGGGCAAUUUCCUGGAGAUGCUGCCAACAGACUUUCAAAGAUCUGACUGGCAUUCACAGACAUGUGGCUUCUCAGCAUUCAGGUGACAUUGGGCAGCAAACAUCUGUGAUCUUAAAGCAGAUGACAGGCAGCAGAAUCACAAAUAGCCCUGCUUCCGUGGAUGAAACAUCUAGGCCCAACAAAACUCCAGACAGAAACCAGGUGAUGGUCUACAAGCUCCCAGAUAUAAGCCACAUCGAUACUAAUGAAAUGAAAAGUGAAGUUGGGGAAGUUUUGCUAUACUAUUGCUACUGCGAGGUGACAGAUCCUGUGGGACUUUGUAUGUGGCAGAAGGCUUUAUGUCAGCAUCUGCAUCUAACUGGCAAGGUGCGAAUUGCUUCAGAAGGAAUUAAUGGAACUGUUGGUGGGAACAGGGCAUCUACUAACCUAUAUAUGGAAGCAAUGCUAUCUUACCCCCUCUUUAAAGGCACUUUGACAAAGGAAGAUUUCAAGACCAGUGCUGGAGGAGCCCACUGUUUCCCAGAUCUUCGAAUUGGUGUGUUUGAAGAAAUAGUACCUAUGGGAAUUCACCCAGAAAAAGUCUCUUAUAAAGAAACUGGAAUCCGUUUGGCUCCAAAGGAGUUUCAUGCAGAAGUAGAAAAAUACCUUUCUCAGGGUCAUGAUGCGCAGGUGGAUACAAUUUUGCUGGACUGCAGGAACUUCUAUGAAAGUAAAAUAGGGCAUUUCCAAGGCUGUCUGGCUCCCAACAUUAGGAAGUUCAGCUACUUCCCCAUCUACAUAGAUGAGAAUUUGGACCUUUUCAGGAGCAAGCGAGUCCUGAUGUACUGCACAGGAGGGAUCCGCUGCGAGCGGGGUUCAGCCUACCUCAGGUCUAAGGGUGUAUGCACAGAGGUGUAUCAUCUCAAAGGUGGAAUCCACAAGUACUUGGAAGAAUUUCCUGAUGGGUUCUAUAGAGGAAAGCUGUUUGUUUUUGAUGAACGUUAUGCCAUUUCCUCAAACAGUGAUGUGAUUUCAGCUUGCCGUUAUUGUGGGACACCCUGGGACCAGUACCGUCUUUGCUCUACCCAGCUCUGCCGUCAACUUGUCCUGACAUGCCAGCAAUGCCAACAGAAAGGGCUCACAGCCUGCUGUCCCCUCUGCCAGGAGAAAGGUCAUGCACUGGCUUCAGCACCUUCAGGACUAACCUUCAAAGAGGAGUGUGAGUGUACAGGAACACGGCAGCAGGUACCAGUGGAAUGCAUUUGACAAAGACCCCUGAAGUUAUGCUCCCUCUUUAUGGAUGAUUGCCUGAGAUGCCAGGUCUGAGACAUAUUUUAAUGGGACUCGGGGGAGUUAGCUGUGUGGGGCAGUUGAACAGAUCUUCAGUUCCAGCUGCAGUCAAGGUUUUAUGCAAGAUUGGAUUCCUCUCAGAAGAAAUUGCAUGGAGAAGAAAGGUUCAACCAUGUUUAGAGUCUUCCAGCAAGACAGCUUCAGGUUCUUACAUGUAAUGCUUUAGGAAGGCCUAAUUCACAAGCAACGAAAAAAUAGCAGAUUGGUCUCAACCCAACAGGCAAGGCUAUAGUGCAUUCACCAUUAAUUUUAAUGAGUUGCAUAGAAUCCUGUGCCAUUUUUGAAUGUUGCCCACCACUGGUAACAGGACUAACAGGAGAGCAUCUGUUGACUGUGAGUUGAGCUGUACCACAGAAGUAGACAAACUUUUUUCAUCCUGAGGGUUACAAUUUGGGCCAUAGAAAUUAGGGUUGCUGAUGUUACAAUGUAAUUAGAAUAAGCAGGGCUCAACUUUUUGAGCCAUUUUCAGGAGUGUUAGGGACAGAAGUGUAAAAUGCUCUUUUCCUCAUUAACCCCCCCAAAACAAGUCAAACUUGCACCAGUUUUGGGGAGGGGAUGUUUCGGAAUUUAAGGGGCAUGCUGAAUAUCUAAAUCUCCUAUCGAUAAAUAGGAGGAAGCAUUAUGUAUACCGCCUUAAAUUGCACAAAAUAAAGGUGAGAUGAUAUAAUAAUAACACCAACACCACAACUACCAUGGCCUAGAAUAUCUAACUGUCCACUGGAACUAGACUAAGGACAAAAGUGGACUCUGCAUGUUUUGUUUUGCAGAUUUCAGCCAUGCCUGCUUUUGGGCUACAAAUGGGGAUGCUGGCUGCUUUCAAUCAUUACAGAUUCUAAUGGUACUAUGAGCAUCAAAGGAAAUUCCCCAUGUCCCUUAACCAUGGGAUUCUCAUCUACAUUUAGGGAGGGCAGAUUAUGACACUGUCAAGGGGGAGGCAUAUAAGCAAAUUAUACCCUCUUUUGGCAACAUAGUGGCAAAAUCAUAUUUGUAUGGACAGCUAGGAAAAAGGAAGCCAUUUCAGCCAUUGUCUGCAGAAUGUCAGGACACCCUCCAUACAGGAAGUAUAGGAGACCUGUGCAGUGAGAAUAGGUAUCCCCAUCAACAGUACAGGGAGAUUAGUAGAUAUUGUCCAGGUACUAAUACUCUGCUCUUGCAGAGCAAAUGGAAUGGAAUGAAUCCAAAAGCCCUUGUUCAGGUAAAUUUUUCAAACAUUGGACCCCACGCAGCUUUCUGCAAAAGCAUGCUAGAUCAAGGAGACUGUCGCUAGGAGAUACUGUAGUGAAACAGAAAGAAAUAUAAUACAAAAAUAAAACAGUCAAUUUGCAAGCAUAAAGACUCUUGGGUGUAUUAUGAGAUUUAAUCCAUAUUUUAAAAUACUUCAGUUCUUCAGGAAAGAUAGAAAUAACCAACAUCCCAUUCAGCAACUGCCUUUCUUGUGACUUGCUUAGGGAAACAGUGGCCUUACAUUUUUUGUGCUGGGGGGGCUGUGAGGUGCUUUAAGUAUAAAUGAUGAUUCUGAUGCUGGGUUACAACAUAGGGUUCUGGAUGUUGCUAGCUGAUUGCAGUUCUCAAGUCUUUAAAAUGAUUAUGUAUGUUGGGAUGAUAAAAAUGCUGUCAAAUUAGUAGAAUCUUUCUAAUUCUUUCAAGAUCAAAAUAAUAAAGUAUUUUUUUAACAUUUCUGCUACAUUUGCAGUCCAGUAUCACAUCUUUUAUUGUUGCUAACUACUCAUGCAUAUCACAGCGCACACGCGCGUACACACACACACACACACAAAUCCAUACUAAAACUAGUUGUGAUUUAACUAUAAAUUCAAGCUGUUUCUGAGUCACAAUAUAUU